AUGGCCAAGAAGAAUUAUGUGGUGAUUGGAUCUGGCAUUGCAGGACUCACUACUGCUCUGACCCUGUCCAAGAAACCCAAUACCAAUGUGACCAUCGUUGCCAAACAUCUGCCUGGCGAUCUCUCAAUUGAUUUCACAUCACCCUGGGCUGGAGGAGACUGGGACUCGUUUGCCAAGAAGGACGAGAUCACGCUUCAAAACUACGACAAGCCUGCGUACCUGGAGUUUCUGCGGCUCUCACGAGAAGUUCCAGAGGCUGGAAUCUGGAUCCGACAGGUUACUAUUUAUUUCCACGACAGAGAUAUUCCCAAGAAGAAGGACGGAUCUCUCGAUACCGACGCCGUGACUCCCUGGUAUAGCACCUUUGUGGAGGGUUGGAGAACUCUUCGAAAGGAGGAGCUCCCUGAGAGAGUGGUCUGGGGCUACACAUUCACAUCUGUGGUAAUUUCCACUACUCGAUACAUGUUUUAUGUACAGCAGGAAUGCGUCAAGCGGGGCGUACAGUUCCGAAGAGCUACUCUUAAGCAUGUCUGUGAUGCCAAAAAGUACACUGCCUUCCCUGGACCAGUAGACGCCGUGUUCAACUGCUCGGGACUAUCUGCCAAGUUUCUGGGAGGUGUGGAGGACUCUAACAUGUACCCCAUUCUCGGCCAGACUCUGCUGGUUCGAAACAGGACCGAGAGACUGCUCACGUAUGUGUCCGUGGAUGGCUACGAAGACGAGUGUCUGUACAUCAUGCCUAGAGCCGAAGGAGGCACAGUUCUGGGCGGAUGUAUGCGAGUCAACGACUGGUCCACUGAACCUGAUAAGGCUCUGGCAGACCGAAUUGUUGCCCGAGCAACUAAGGCCUGUCCUGAGCUGCUGGAUGACGGUCCUCUGGAUGUUGUUUCUCACAAUGUUGGUCGACGGCCAGCUCGACAGGGCGGUCCUCGAGUUGAGAAGGAGACCAUUGACGGAACUGUCGUCAUCCAUAAUUACGGAGCCGGUCCCGCUGGUUUCCAGAGCAGUAUCGGUAUGGCCGAGGCAGCUGUUGAUCUCUUGAAGGGGUCAAGUAAGUUGUAA